CCACAUUACCCGUAAAACAUCGCGAGUGCAACAGUACGGCAAGCAGGAGGAAUAUAAGCGUUCGCAUUUUGUUAUGUUAUGUUAGUCGAAAAAGUUUUGUGAAUGCUCUAGUUUGUUUUAUUUAAAAGGCGGUUAGGGUUUUGACAUUGAGAAUUUUCGAAGUACCGUUAGCAAAGUUAUUCAUCAGAUAAAACAAAUUCAUUAACUUUAACGACCGCAAGAGGCAGAGAAGUUCACGCUAGCUAUGGAACUUAGCCGUAAAGCUAAAAACAACUCUAGCUAGCUCUCUUUUAUCGUCGCGAAAUGAAAUCUGCAUGUCAUUUACCAAUGUCAAGUUACAUGUAAACUAAUUAGCGGUUAACAAGACCAUGGUUGUCUUGAGAGAAGGAAUGUGUCCUGGACUGGAUGAGAAUGUAGUGCGCGACCUGCGUGCUGCUGAUAUUAAAACAGUGGAGGACCUGGUCUCUUCUGACAUUGAGGAACUUGCUCUGAAAUGCUCUUUGUCUUACAAGACUCUGUUUGCCAUCCGCCGAGUGCUGCUGGCCCAGCACGCAGCAUUCCCCGUGUCAGGUGCAGAUCUGUAUGAGGAACUGUUGAGCUCAACUGCCAUCCUCUCCACUGGAAAUCCCAGCUUAGAUAAACUGCUGGAUUCAGGCUUGUAUACUGGAGAGAUAACAGAGCUGUCAGGAGGCCCAGGAAGUGGCAAAUCUCAGGUGUGCUUUGGUGUAGCAGUGCACGUUUCUUACCAUCUGAAACAGAGUGUGAUAUAUAUCGAUACGACAGGAGGGUUGACUGCCAGCCGCUUGCUUCAAAUGCUACAAACUGAAACUAGUAACACAGAAGAGCAGAUGGAAGCUCUUCAGAGGAUCCACAUCUUUCGUUUAUUUGACGUCUUCUCUUUACUUGACUGUCUGUACAGUCUUCGCAGUGGCAGGCUUCAACAGGCAUCUGUUGGCGGUGGCUCUGUCAAGGCAGUAAUCGUGGACUCUGUGUCAGCUGUUAUCUCUCCUGUACUGGGAGGCAAACAAAAUGAAGGCAUGUCCUUGAUGAUACAAGUGGCAGGAGCUCUUAAGACGAUGGCAAAGGACUUCAAUGUUGCUGUUUUGGUAACAAACCAUGUAACAAGAAGUGACAACGGGGAGGUACGGCCAGGCCUGGGCGUAUCAUGGAGUCACAUCCCCAGAACCAGGGUCCUGCUGGAGCGAGUAGAGGGGGCUGGGUCAGUCAGCUGCUCCAGUUUUCGCUCUGCAACACUGAUCAAGUCUUCCAGACAGGCUUGUCGCAUCAAAGAAGAGUUUGACUUGCAGUGGUGGAGUCGCUCUAAAGAAGGAUCCUCAGGGAAACGAAAACUGGAGGAGACCUGAUGAGAACUAAUCCUCUGCAUAAAUGUCUGAUCGAAGUUAUGUGAAUGUUUUGGCACCAACUUUGCAAGAAACUGCAUCAUGUUUUGAAGCCCCAUGCAAAAAUGUGAUAAUUGCAAAAAACUGCUAAACUUAAUUCCAAAUGAAAAAAGAUUAUUGCUACAAUUUGUAAGUCGAUCCAUUUAGAUGAGUCUGGCAGUAUAUUCUUUUAGGGUGCUCUGUCAGUUGUCGGCUGCAGCCUCAGCCUGAGAUUUGUACCAGGCUUACAGAGGUAAGAAAGCUUUCAGGCCCCUCAGUGACGGCAGAGCAGGUUAAUAUGAAUUUUGCUCCAUUUGAGCUUCAAUACAUUCAUACAUUUAAUUCAGCCUCCUCAUAGCCUAAAGUAUCCUGCAGAUAAAAUGGUAGAUCUUAACUAGUAACUAGACAGAUGCAUUUCCUGAAGAAAAUGCGUGUGGAUGCUGACUGCUGAAGAAUUGCCCUGAAUAUGUUGAAAUGGCUGAAAUCCAUUGCUGAAACAGCUGAAGGCUGAGAUGCAAUGCUGAAUAAUUAUGGAAAUGAAAAACUGAAGUUGGGAGUUGAACUUCAUCAUCAGAAGAAGGUGAGAACUUGAGAGCAUUCCUAAAACAGUGGAAGGCUUAAUCCCACAGUGAGUUGUGUAAAUUAAAUGACCUAAAGUUCUAAAAGAAUAAAUAAUUUUUUACUGACAUCUGACAGAUACAUUUUGAAGGCAGACCAACCUCUGUCUGUGUGUGUGUGUUACUCCGUUGCUUAAUACAUCUGUGGGAAUGAUUUCAGAAUGAUCUCAAUCAUGUGAUUCGGUAUUAAUGUUAUAAUGUAUUAAUGGAACGUAGAAUGGUUGAAUUUAGUUUAUUGUUAUAAUCGGUCCUAUUGGUGUUUGUGUCUGGUUUGGCACCAUGAAGAUAAACAAGAACACUCUACUGGAGGGACACAAAGUUGUGUUGGUUCCUUACAAUGCAAACCACGUGACCAGGUAACGUUAACAUUAACACCUGAUCAGUCUUGUUACACACGAGAAGCCUGUCACUGUGUUCUUUUAUUUUCCUCUGCUGAUAUCUUUAGUGAUGAGUGUUUAAAUGUCAUUUAUAUACUAUCAAUGUUUAAACAUGGCGGAUGGGUUUUAUUGUGACUUGUAAAUAAGUCUGCAACUAAUAAUAACGUUGAGAAAACAAUCUCAUCACAAGUUCCAUUUAGUAGCUUUUCUGGAGCUUUCGAUUGUAUCAUACAGUCUCAAUUGUCAUGGAGCAUUUGAAAGAAAUAACUUAGGACAGGUGACACAUCUGACCCAGCUGUCAAUACAAGUUUUUGAUCCUUUGACAGUUUGAAGUCUCUUUGACUGACACAGCAGAACCAGCUUCAGCCCUUUGACAUCUGGAUACAUGAAUAAGUUAAAGCUGUAGAAACCUGCAGUCCCUGUGUCUUAUCCACCUGUUUACCUCUUCAGGUAUCAUGAAUGGAUGAAGUGUCCUGAGCUGGAGCAUCUGACCCCCUCAGAGCCACCGACCCUGGAACAGGAGUACGACAUGCAGGGGAGCUGGAGGGAAGACGAUGACAAUAAGCACACUGGGCAUCACCUGCUAUCAUGAUCUCCAGCUCAGCCGAGGAGAGGUCUGUUGGGUCCGUUGGGAACAUGUUGAAAUCUCCCACCAUGCACUGCUCCUCUUCUAUACUGGAAUCUGCCUAUCGCUGCUUAUCCAAGAUGAUGAAUGU